AUGGAUAAAGGAAUUCUACAAUCAACUGAUGAGGAUAGUGAUGAUGAUGAUGAUGAUGAUGAUGAUGAUGAUGAUGAUGAUGAUGAUGAUGAUGAUGAUAUAAGUAAAAAAAAUAAUUUUAAUCGUCCAAAGAGUAUUAAAACUCAUAAAUCAAGUAGUACAAAAAGAAAUAAAUCAGAUUCAUCUUCAUUACAAAGUAGACAAAUUGAUUUAAACUUUUUCCUUCACAAGGUGGAGUUUUUAAUGUCGGUUUAUCUCCCAUAA